AUGAAUAUGAUGGAUUAUGAACAAUUUGAUUACUCAUUUAGCCCUCCCUACCUGAAUCAACUUCAUGAGUGUAACUUAGAAAAUGCAUUUUCAUUUCAGACAGAAGAUCUCUCAUCACCAAGCACCAUCCUGGAUGAAAUUUUUUAUGAAGAGUCAAUGGAAGGAUUGUUGCAGCAACAUACAAAAAACCAAGACUUUGGUUUCAUGAAUCAUGACAAAACAAUGGGUCUAGGGAAUCAAUUAUGCCAUGGAGUUACCCCAAAAGCCAGGGAAAAUGUGCAUGUUUCAAGUGAAGAAGAGGGCUCUUAUUUAAAGGGAAUUCAAGAAGAGCUAAUGGAAGACACCAGUUUAGCUGAUCUCUUGCUGACAGGAGCUGAAGCUGUUGAAGCACAGAACUGGGUUCUUGCUUCAGAAAUAAUUGAGAAACUUAACAAUUCCUCAUCUUUAGAAAAUGGUGAUAGUAUAUUGAACAGGUUGGCUCUUUUCUUUGCUAAGGGUCUGUGUUAUAAAAGUACAAAUGCAAAUGCCUCUGAAUUUCAGUGUAGUUCUGUUUCAACACAGACAAAUGCUUUGUGUGUGUUUCAGAUACUCCAAGAACUCUCUCCCUAUGUAAAAUUUGCUCAUUUCACUGCCAACCAAGCAAUUUUGGAAGCUACAGAAGGUGCUGAGGAUGUUCACAUAAUUGAUUUUGACAUCAUGGAAGGGAUUCAGUGGCCUCCAUUGAUGGUUGACCUUGCAAUGAGGAAGCGUACUACUACUUCACUUAGAGUAACAGCCAUCACAGCGGACCAAAGAGGUGCUGCUUCUGUUCAGCAAACAGGAAGAAGGCUUAAAGAGUUUGCUGCCUCUAUCAAUUUUCCAUUCACGUUUGAUCAGAUAAUGAUGACAAGGGAAGAAGAUUUUCAAAGAGUUGAACUUGGUCAAACACUUAUAGUCAACUGCAUGAUACAUCAGUGGAUGCCCAAUAGGAGUUUCUUAUUGGUCAAAACUUUUCUUGAUGGUGUCAGAAAAUUAUCCCCUAAGCUUGUUGUUUUAGUGGAAGAGGAAUUAUUUAAUUUUUCUAGACUCAAAUCCAUGUCCUUUGUGGAGUUCUUCUGUGAGGCUUUGCAUCACUAUACUGCACUUUAUGAUUCCCUUGCUAGUAGUUUAUGGGGUAGCCACAAGAUGAAGUUGACCCUGAUAGAAAAAGAGAUUUUAGGACUAAGAAUCUUGGACAGUGUGAGGCAGUUUCCUUGUGAAAGAAAGGAGAGAAUAUUGUGGGAAGAAGGAUUGUAUUCCUUGAAAGGGUUUAAACGAGUUGCUAUGAGCACAUGCAAUAUUUCUCAAGCCAAGUUCUUGGUAAGCCUGUUUGGUGGAGGGUAUUGGGUGCAAUUUGAGAAGGGUAGGUUGGCUUUGUGUUGGAAGUCAAGGCCUUUGACUACGGCUUCGAUCUUGGUACCGACAACUUAUCUGAGUGACAAGGUCAAAUAG